AUGCUCCGCCAAAGGCAAAACCUCACGCUCUUCUCCCUCUCCCUCGCCCUCGCCCUCUCCCCCCUCGUCACCGCCCUGACUCUCACCUCCCCGUCCCCCAACAUGCAAAUCAAUCCCUCCCUUCCCCUCACCAUAACCUGGACCUCCACCCCGAGCGACCCCUCCACCAUCUCCCUCCUCCUCAUCCACUCCUCCGGCAACAUCGACAACCUCGCCACUGACAUCCCCACUUCCUCUGGCUCCUACACCGUGCCCGCCUGGUGGGUCCUCGACUACGGCAUCGGCUACGAGCUGCAGGCGCAGGCCGGCUCCGGCGGUGACGUCGUCGCCACCGUGAGCGGCCUCAGCCUCGGUGGCGGCGUGGGCGAGAUCACCACGGACGCGACGGGCGGGCUGAGCUUCGUCAGUGAUGUGGGGAUCGCGACGGCGAGUCAGGAUGGCCCCGCUUCCGUCACAGGAUCGGAUCUCGUGACUAUUCUGAGCGGGUCUGGGUCGGGGAGCGCGGAGGCGACGGGCAGUGCGGAGGCGAGUGGUGCGGAGGAGACGGGGAGUGUGGCUUCUACCACUACCGCUACCGCGACAUCGGGCGAGGCGAGUGAGACGACGACGACAAGCACGGAGAGUGAAUCGGGAAGUGCGAGUCGGACGGAGAGCGCGGCGGCGACGAGCUCGUCGGCGGGUGGUGGCGCGGCGAGCGCUUUGCGGGUUACGGUGGGAGGAGUCUUGGGAGCGGCGGCGCUUGCGUUGAUGGCUUGA